AUGUCAGCUAAUCCUUUUCAAAAUAUCGGCAAAAACGCAGCAUACCUAUGUGGUUUUGCGAUCCUAUCCGUUUUGGCCGUGAAGGCCGCCAUCAGAGGGCGGCGUGAUGCCCAGUUCGAUAGGUUUGGGGAGAAAUCUCAAGGCAGGGACGAUUACUACAAAAAUCUCGCCAAUGUGCGGCCUGGUUUCCCGAUUUCCCAAGCGGACGAUGGGUCUGGAAGGAAAAGCGAUUUCCAAGGUUCUGGGCUCAGUUAUCUGAGUCGAAAGCGUGGCGACAAACUAGGCUUUUGGGAUAGAAGAAGAGACGAGUAA